UCUUUAAUGUAUACAUCUGUCUUUGUCUUACUUACUGUGAGAGAGAGUUGACUUUUGCGUCAAAAAAGAUAAUCAUUUUCAAUUCCUUGGCGUUCCUCUGAGUUUUGUUGGAAAAAUUUUUUUUUUGUACCGUUGUGUGUUUCACGUUACGUGGACAGUGGACCCGUGCGUUGGAGCAAAAAAAAAAAAUAAUUACACACCGACAAACGCCAACUGUCGAGAUUAACGAAAAAAAAAAAAAUUAAAUAACAUCUUUUAACAAUUGUUUUAAUAAACAAUUUUAUUUGUUUAAUAUUAUUUUCAGAUAAUUAAACAUAUAAAUUGUUUUUAUCAUCAUGGAUCUUCAAACGGGAUUAAUUUGUGUUGGUGUGGUUUGUCUUUCGGCAGCUGUGAUUCUUUUUGUAUCAAUGUUUGGUAUGAAGGAAAAAUCCUACGAAGAAGCUAUUGCUGAACAACGUAAACUUCCUGAUGAUUUACUUCUUGGUAAAAAGGAUAAAGGUAAAGAAAAAAAAUAUAAAAAUAAAACUGGGAAAAAAGUUAAAGAAAAGAAAGAAGAUAAGGAUGAAAAAGAUGAUAAAUCAGAGCAUGUACAAUUUGAGGAAACGCCUCAGAUUUUGUCAUCGGAUCUUCCUCCUCAGGAGGUAUGCAAGGCAAAUAAGAAGAAAAAUAAACCUGAAAAAGUCAAGCCAAUAUUAGUCAACAAAGAUGAAUCACCACUUGUUAUUGCUGAUAUUAAUUCAGUUCCACAAAUUAUGGAUGAUGUUAAUCAUUUUGAAAUAACACAUCCAAAAGAUGUUGUAGAAUUAAUAAGAAGUCAUAGUGGUGAUAAUUUGCCUCAAUCAUCAUCAUCUCAAUCGUCUGAUUCACCAGUUAAUAAAACACCAAAAGAAACACCAACAAAAUCGAAAAAAAAUACAUCAAAAGAUUCAUUAAAGAAAAAAGAUGACAACAAUAAAGAUGAUAAAAAAGAUUUAGUUAAUGCUAUUAUUCCAGCAUUACAAAUUGCCAAGGAAACUGCUGUUAAAGAAAUACAAAAAGAUAUUUCUGCUCAACAAAGUUCAUCUUUAAAUAAAGAAUCAAAAAAAAAUAAAAAGAAAAAUGAUAUUCUUGCACAAAUUGGUGGUGAUAAAGAUGGUGUUAAUGUAUCAUUGUUGAUGCCACUUGUUCAAAAAGCUGAAUUAAGUCGUUCAGAAAUACAAAUAUUGAUUGAUCAAUUAUUAAAUAAACAACUUGAUAAUCCAGUUGAACAUUCUGAAUGGACUGAAGGACGUGCUGAUCCAGUUAUAAAAUUAAAAAAACAACUUGCUGAAAAAGAUAAAGCAUUAUCUGAAGAACAUGAAACAAGUAUAAGUUAUCAAAAUAAAUUAAAAGAAUUACGUGGUGAAUUAAAUUCUGAAAAAUCACGUUUAACAAAUCAUAUUAAAAAUCUUGAAGAUGCAUUAAAUAAUAAAAUAACUGAAGCACAAACACUUCAUACACGUAUGCAACAUAUACUUGAAACUCAUGCUGCUGAAAAACAAGGUUUUUCACGUCAAAUUGAACAAUUACAAUCAAAAGUUAAUGAAGAUGCUGCAAUAAUACAUAAAAUGCAAGAAGAACAAGGACAAACACAAAGUAAUUUACAACAAGAAAUAAUAUCACAACGUAAACAUAUGGAAAUGCAAUAUUCACAAUUACGUGAAAAUGAAAAUGGUAUUAAAUUACAAUAUGCACAACAAUGUGAAAUUAAUAACAAUGAAAUUGAAAGAUUACGUCAACAGGUAUUAUCAUUACAAGAACAAAUUGUUAUACGUGAUAAAGAAUUACAAGUAUAUAAAGAAUCAUCAAAUCGUAUUGCUGAUAUGUCAUGUCAAAUUGAAGAAUCACAUCGUGCUAAUGCUGAACUUGAACAUAGAUUAAAUGAAUCACAUCGUCAUGAACAAGAAUUACAAAAACAAUUAAAUACAUUACAAUCAGAAUUAAAAAUUGCUAAAACAAAUUCAACUGAUACAACAAAAUUAAAAAAUGAAAUAAUAAGAUUAAUUGGUGAAGUUAAUGAAGCUAAAAAUUUAAAAGUAAUUAUUAAAAAUAAAGAUGAUGAUUAUAAAAAAAUAUUAAAUGAUUUUAAUAAUUCACAAAAUGAAAUUAAAAAAUUAGAAAAAUUAUUAAAUGAUAAUAAUGAUGAAUUAAAAAAUGUUAAAAUUGAUUUUACAAAAUAUCAAGAUGAUAUUAAAAAUGAUAAAAUUGAAUAUAUUAAAUUACAAGAAGAAUUAAAUUUUUUUAAAAAUAAAUUAUCACAAGUUGAAGCUGAGCUAAAUAAUGCAAAUGAAUAUAUUAAAACAGCAAAUGAAGUUAGUGGUGAAUUAAAAAUUGUUAAAGCUGAAUUAGAACAACAACAAAAUGGCAAUAAAAUAACUGAUGAUAUACAUCUUAAAAUGAUUAAAUUACAAGAAGAUAAUGAAAGAUUUUGUCAACAAAUUGGUAAAAUAAGUGAAUUACAAAAAGAACUUAAACAAGUACGUGAUGAAAAUGAUAAAUUAAAAAUCAAAAAUAAACAUUCAGAAAAUGGUGUUGAUAAAAAAAUUGAACAAAAUAAUAUAACACAAUUGGAACAAAAUAAUUUAAUAAUACAAAAAGAUAAACAACUUGAUGCAUUUAAAGUUGAGCUAACAAAAAAAGAUGCUGAUUUUAAUAAGCUCAAUCAACAAAUUGAAGCACUACAAAAUGAUGUUAAAAAUCAAGUUAAUAUCAUCACAAGAUUACAAGAAGAUCUUGAACUUCAAAGAACAAAAAAUAAUGAAUUACGUACUAAGAACUGGAAAGUUAUGGAAGCACUUUCCGUGGCUGAGUCGCGUGGUAAAACAAAUUCUGGAAAAUACAUUGAUGAUACAUUAGAUAAAAUAAGAAUUGCUGAACAAGAAACAACAAAAUCAUUACUACAAAGAAUAUUCCCUGAUAUCGAAAUUAAAGAAAAAGCAUAUGAUAGAUGGUUAAAAACAUUUGAGGAACAUGUUAAUAAUAUCUUAACUGAUAAUAAUCAAAAUGAUGAUACAAUUAAACAAAAUAAAAAAUUACAAAAUCUUGUUACUCAUUACAAAGAAAUUAUUGCUGAUACCGAGGGAAUGUUAAAUAAUCUUCAGAGUCAUGUUGAAUCUGCUGAGUCAAGAUGGCAAUCUGAAUUGCGACAAAAAGAAAAUGAUAUUGUUAAUUUGAGAGUAGAGCUAAAAGAACUUCAAAGUAAAUCUAAAGCAACUGAACAAUUACAAGAAAAAAUUGGCAAUUUAGAAUCACGUCUUGCUGAACAAGAAGCAUUACAAAAAACAAAUCAAUUUAAAGAAGAUAAUCGUGUUAAUGAUGAUUCAAAAAAUUUAUCAAUUAUAGAAAAAUUUAAUGAAGAAAAACAAAGAUUAAUACAAGAAUUACAAACAGAACGUAAUUAUACUGCAACAACAAAAUUGGAAUUAACAAAAGUUGAAGAAGAUUUAAAAAAAAAUGAACAUUUAUUGGAUCAACAAAAUAAAUCAGUAACAAGACUUCAAAAUGAAAUCCAACGAUUAAAGGCUGAAUUUCCUGGUGCUAGUAAUAACACUGAACAGUUAACAGCAAAUGGUCCACCAUCAUCAGACUCCCAAAAUUCUGAGGGUGGUUCAGGAAAAAAGUAACAUCUCGAACAAAGUUACGCUGAUGAAUAAAUGUAUUUCAAGGUGGUAGAAUUGAAUUAAUAAUAAUAAUAAUAAAAUAAUAAUAAUAAUUAUAAAAAAUAAUAACUAAAAAAAAAAUUAAAAAAAAAGAAAAUUAAGAGGAAAUUAAUCCGAUGUUAAUCUUUGCACGGAAAAACUUUUAUUAUUUUUAUAUAGUAUUUUUCAAUUAUAUUUAAAAAAAAAAACUGCACUCAAUUAAAAGUUUUUAUAUAUAAAAAAUUAAAUUUCAAAUUGCGAAAAGAAAAUUUUUUUUUUUUUUUAAAAAAAGCAGUUUUAUUAAAAAUAAUUAGUUCAAUUUUUUUUGUUUUCUUUUUUUUAAAUGAUCAAAUAAUUGUUUAAUUUUUCAUUAUGAUAUAAAUCAUGUAAAAUUAUAUUGUUUAAACCGUCAAAAAUUGUCCAAAAAUAAUUGAAUUGAAAAAUAAAAAAUACAGAAAAAUAUCUAAGCAAGAAAGAAAAAGUAAAAUAAUGUAAAUCAAAUUUGAUUCUUUUUUUUUUUAAAUAUAUUGUCUUAAAGAAAUAAAUUAUUUAAAUAUGAUUUUUAUCAAAACAAUUAUUAGUUACUUUUUUUAGUGAAUUUUUUGUUUUUUUUUAAAUUAAAAAUAUAAAAAAAAACAAGCAGGGAAUCAUAUGAAAAGAAAAAAAAAAAAAA